AUGUCCGCUCCAGUAGAGAAGCUUUCUAUACUCAACUACCCCCCAAAAAUUCUACAUGGGCCAAAAUUACUCCACGAACUUAUACCCUGGCGAAAAUAUCCUAAUAGCUGUGCGAUUGACUUUACCGAUGGCGAUAGAAGAUUCUGCUACACAUAUGAUGACCUCAGCACAUGUAUUUCAUCUCUAGUCCUAAAAAUACAGGAAACUUUGCUAGCCUCCAACCACAGAGAUGUGCAACACAUAGUACCAAUUUUAAUCCCACAAUCUCCUGGGCUUUAUAUCUCGCAAUUGGCCAUUCUAAAAUCAGGUGGUGCAUACUGUCCUAUCAACCUUGAUGCACCGGAGGAGAGGAUCAGGUUUAUCGCGCAAGAUAUUUCUGCAAGCUUAAUUAUCACUACAUCUGCCCUUAAAGGCAUGAUAACUUGGGACAAUAGUCCUCCUAUCAUCUUGAUUGACGAAUUUCCACCCAUAACACUAGAUAAUUCUACUUCAAUCCAAUCUGUAUACAGGGUAAAGUCAGAUGACCUAGCCUACGUAAUUUAUACAAGUGGUAGCACUGGCUUUCCAAAAGGGGUCGGAGUGAGCCACUUUGCGGUCUCUCAAUCUCUACUUGCUCAUGAACAGCAUAUUCCACCUUUCAAGCGGUUUCUCCAAUUUGCUUCGCCUUCUUUCGAUGUUUCUGUUUUUGAAAUUUUCUUCCCACUGACCAGAGCCUGUACAUUAGUUGGCUGUAAUCGGAAUCAGCUCCUUCACGACCUCCCCGGUAAAAUUAAUGAGCUUGAAAUUGAAGCUGCUGAGCUAACACCAACCAUCAUAACUUUUUUGCUCCAAAAAAGAUCUAACGUUCCAGGCUUAAAGUUCCUCGUUGCAGCUGGAGAGAUGCUUACGGCCGCUAUUGUCAAAGAAUUUGGUGGCUCAUCGUUACAAAAAAGUGUACUCUACGGCAUGUAUGGCCCGACAGAAGCAACAAUUCAUUGUCUAGCCCACUCCAGUAUGACAAAAUACACAAAGCCUAAUAAUAUCGGGGUUCCACUAGAUACUGUUUCUACUCUAAUUGUCGUCCCAGCGUCAAAUUUUCAGGAUUUAACUUGUCUCGAAAUAUUACCAUUGGGUUGUUGGGGAGAACUAGUAAUUACAGGCUCCCAGCUCGCUGAAGGUUAUCUUAAUUUGGAGGAGCAGACUAAGAUGGCAUUUGUCACCUUUGAAGGCAGAAGGUAUUAUAGAACUGGUGACAAAGCUAGACAGCUCGAAGAUGGUACUAUUGAACUCUAUGGACGAAUCAGCGAAGGCCAAGUGAAGCUUCGUGGUCAGCGAAUUGAACUUGGUGAAGUUGAAAACGCUGUUUAUAGAUAUCCUGGAAUCAAAAUUGUAACGGCGCUCGUAAUUGAGAAAUCUCUUAUUUUGUUUGCAAAAACAGAUGAUGAUCUUGUAAAAGCAGAUGAUAUCAUGAAGACAUGCUCUAAAUGGCUUCCAAAGUUUAUGCUACCUAAUGAGAUAAUUUUAGAUAUCGAUUUUCCUUAUUUGUCCUCCGGAAAGGUUGACAAAGAAAGAUUAAGAGAGAUUUAUAAAAUGCAGCACCAAGAGAUAAAACUUGAAAGUAACAAUCCAAAAUCCAAAAUUUGGAAAAUUGUAAAAUCUGUUCUUUUUGAUACAUUUGGAGAAUUCCCAGAAAACAAACGUCUCUCUACAAUUGGUCUCGACUCUUUAAAUACAAUUGUAGUAGCCUCCAAACUAAGGGGCCUUGGGCUUCAAAUUAGCACUAUUUCGGUUCUUUUAGCUGAAGAUAUAAAUGAAAUUGUUAGCUUGUGUAUUGAUAAUACCGUACCAUCAAAUUCGAUGUUACUGACUUCUACCGAAAGAAAGGAUGCAAAAAGUGAAUUAAUCUCAACAAACAUUACAGAUGAAGUCGAAUCAAUAAUUCCUUGCACGCCACUUCAGAUAGCAAUGAUUUUGAAAAGUGUAGCAGACACUAAUACAUACCAGAACUGGAUAGAAUUGAGUCUACCUGCGACAGAUGACUGUGUUUUUUUUACUAAAGCUCUACAUCAGCUUGCCGAAUUUAAUUCAAUAUUACGUACGGGAUUUGGAGAGUCAGAAGGCCCAAACUGGUUUGUUCAGAUUAUUCGUCCAAAAAUACCAGAUUUCUGCAUAAAAAUCGUGAAAAGUUUCGACUACGAGCUAGAAUAUGCACAGGAAUAUUUUUUGAAAUACCCAGUUCGAUUUCAGAUACGGUCCGAAGAAUCCUCUUUGAAAGUGCUGAUGCACAUACAUCAUGCUCUUUAUGAUGCCUGGUCUUUAGAAUUACUUCUUGAUGACCUAGAAUCGCUAUUGUCUAUGAAUGUGUUGCUUAAACGACCUAGUUUUGAGAGUGUUGUCGACUCAUAUCAAAAGCCAGAAAUAUUUAACUCAAAAGAUUCCUCUUCCAUGAAUUACUGGAAACAACAUCUCUUGAAAUAUGAAUCUAGAGGACUACCUAAUUUUCAAACCAGGGUAUCUAAAUCUAGCAGUUUAGCCGCUGUCAAGUUAGAAUCCUCGUUUCUAAGCUCAGAAGUUGAAAAAGCUGCCAGAAACCUAUCAACAAGUUCACAGUCAUUUUUUCAAACAGCUUUGGCCCUAACCCUCGCCUCAUAUCUUGGAUCUUCAGACGUUUGUUUUGGAACUGUAUUCUCAGGACGAACGCUUCCCAUAGAUGGCAUUGAGAAUAUAGUAGGCCCUUGUCUUACAACUUUACCAAUAAGGAUUGACGUAUCAACUUCCAGUAAUUUAUCUCAUAUGAUUCAAAAAUUAAAUUCGAUCAAUAAAAGUCAUCUGGAGUAUAGUCAAGUAUCGCUCCAAAAAAUCAAAAUCGCCAGCGACUUGGAACCAAGCCGAGGCCUCUUUGACACUAUUCUAAUUUGGCAACAGACAUUUCAUGCAUAUGAGGGUAAAAGAAAAAAGGUUUUAUUGGUAGAUGCAGUGGAUAAUCUAGAAUUUGAUUUGACCCUGGAGAUAACUCCUCUUAAAGAAAGAAUUGAGAUUAAAGCUACAUAUCGGCAAAGUUUGUUACCUGAGUCACAAGCUAAAUUUUUUAUUCAGCAGAUCGAAAAUAUUGUUGGGGCUCUUAUCUUAGAACCUGAAGCUUCUUCGAAAGCUAUCUUUGGCUCACUGAGUCGAAGUCUUCUAUCCAUUGAAAAUGGAAGUCCCGAGGAAAGUUGGACUGAUCUUUCAAGAAAAACCCUUUACUCUUCUGUUGAAGAUAUAGCAGUCACGAAUCCUGAUAGGUUAGCUGUUAGCUUUGCACAUUCUCUUCGUGAAAAUAAAAUCAACGUUCAGAAUUUAACUUAUUCAGAACUAAAUUCCAAAGCGAAUCAGAUAGCAAACUGCCUUGUUGAGCUUGGGGUUAUUUCUAAUAUGACUAUCUGUGUUUAUUUAGACAAGAGUAUUGAACUUUAUACUGUAAUACUUGCUAUCACAAAGAUAGGAGCUUGUUUCUGUCCCAUAAUGCCUAAUAUUUCGACCGAACAUCUCAAUAAUGUUCUGGAAAAGUUCCAAACUAUGUCAAUAGUAACUAAAUCAGAUUCAAGAUCCUUCUUCGAAACAGACUAUCAUUCAAAAAAAGUGAUUUACAUUGAUGAACUUCAUUUGUCAGACUCACCAGCAGAAAAUCUCUCUUUAUCGCAUCUAGAUGAUAGUUACGCAUAUGUUAUAUCAAACUAUCGAAAUACUGGAAUCACAAAAGAGGUUUUUAUCACGCAAAAAAAUAUUCUGAGUCACUUAUUGGCCACUGAGUCUAUGAAUUAUCUGACUAAAAACUCCAGACUGCUACAGUCAUUUUUUCUGGACUUUAUCAUGUCAUUAUCUGAUAUUUUCCUGAUUUGGAGAAUUGGUGGUUGCUUAUGCUCAGCUAAAAGUGACAUGCUACUCGCAAAUUUUGAAGAAAUUGCCCAUGGUAUGCAAGUAACUCAUUUAAGCCUUACACCAACCAUCGCUAAUCUUAUUGAUCCCAAAAAUGUUCCUCAUGUCCAGCAAUUAACUAUAAUUGGGGAGGUAGUAAGUCCUAAAAUAUUAAGCGACUGGACCGAUCGAGACCUACGCAUUGGUUAUGGAAGAUUAGCAACGACAAGCAUUGUAACUGUCUCAUCUUCUAUGGCUCAGGAAGACUCAAUUGAUAAUAUUGGAUACCUUUUGAAGAAUACAUCUGCUUUUGUGCUUUUACCAGAAUCCGAGGGGUUUUUCCCUACUAUUCGUGGUGGCGUAGGUGAGCUUUGUUUUGCAGGGUCCCAAAUUGGUCACCAAUUUAGAAAUAAAUGUCAUGAAGAGUGUAGCUACCUUGAAAUUCCAGAAUUUGGACGUAUCUAUCGUACUGGUGAUAUUGGUAGGCUCCUGCCUGGCGGCUCAUUUGUUUAUCUUGGCCGAAAGAGAGAUCGAAUAGAAACUAAAGGUUAUAAAUUCGAGCUCGGAGAAAUUGCAAGUCAUCUCCUAUGUAAGCAUCCAAACAUCUCAAACUGCAAAUUGGUGGCAAUUAAAGAUGAAAACAAAAUUGAUCAUAAAGUUAUCUGCUUCUGGACCUCUGCAAGUAAAAUUUCAACGAAGUUUGAGUAUCUUGAAACAGACCAGGACCUAGUUAGACGGCUUUAUCAAAGUCUUUGUCCAAAACUUCGAAACAUUAUGAAACCAUCUGAAAUAAUACAGAUAUCAUCAUUUCCAAUAAAGACAUCUGGAAAAAUCGACCAAUCCCGUCUCAUUCAACUUUUCCAUAGUUUACCCAACAAAAACCUCGAUUCGAUUAAUCAGAUCAAAGAACCACCCUACAAUCACCAGUGGAGUCAACUUGAGGCAAAAAUAGCUUCUGCACUUUCAGAAGUCACAGGUAAAGAUAUUCAAGAUAUUGGUCCUGAUAUAUCUUUCUACCGGCUAGGGCUGGAUUCAAUGUCUGCAGUAUUUUUCUCGAGAAUCCUUCAAAAGAAAAGUGGAUACCAAGUACUCAUAUCAGAUAUACUUUACUAUCCAACAGUGAUUGAUCUAGCAAAAAUAAUAAUAUCGUCAAACGAAAACUCCAAAGUGAUUGAACCUUGCAAUCUCUCCGCUAAAUCUGGCUUUUCUUCUGAAUAUAUUGCAACCAUCUUUGAAAGCUACCAAAAAGUAGGUAAGCAAGUCGAGGAAAUUUUAUCAUGUACACCCCUUCAAGAAGCAAUGUUAUCAGCUACAGAAUUUUCUCGUGAAGAUAUUUAUGACAAUCAUGUGAUUUUUGAAGUGAACGGGGAUAUUGAUAAACUUCUAUCCUGCUGGGAUGAAAUGGUUCAAAGACAUCAAAUCUUACGAACUUGUUUUGAGAAAACUGAUUCAGUUCAAUAUCCAUUCGCUCAAGUCGUUUUAAGAAACUAUAAUCUUCAACCUGACUUUUUGUCUUAUCUAUCAGAAAAAAAAACCUAUACUUCAAAGUUUGAGCCUCUGUAUUCUAUUAAGAUUUCGAGGGAUUCAACACCGAAAAUUAUGGUUUUAUCAAUGCAUCAUGCUUUGUACGAUCAAGCAGCAUUAUCAAUUUUAUAUGAUGAAAUACAGAGUCUUUAUCAUGGCCAAGCCUUGACACCUGUAACGCCAUUUUCUCCUUUCCUGGACUACAUCAAUACAAUUAAUCUUGAUGCUGCAGAUAUUUUUUGGAGUAGGGUUUUGAAGAAUUGCAAAUUCCCUAAAUUUUCACAUAAAACAGGACAUCAGAGGAAAGCUUUGACUACAGAAACUCAUCAUGUUACCACUAAGUGCUCACUAAAUUUUGUCAAAAUGAAGUCUAUGAAAUGUGAUACAUCUGUUCUCUCUAUUUUACUAACUAUAUGGGCUUGUAUCAUAUCUGAAAGAUUGUUAGAGACUGAUGUUUGCUUUGGCACCGUAUUCGGUGGUCGCAGCAUCCAGAUUCCAGGGAUUGAUCGACUUGUUGCACCCUGUUUCAAUACAGUGCCCUCUCGCUUGGACAAUAUGGACAAUAUUUGCUAUCUUCAAGCAUUUCAUAAACUUAAAGAGCUUAUUGCUGAAACAAUCCCUUUUCAGUUUUCACCACUGCGCAAGAUUCAAUCAAAAGUUAGCCCUGAUGGUUCUCCUAUAUUUGACACUCUUUUAAUCCUGCAAAAUCAACCUCAAAAGCUAGACCCUUCUAUAUGGUCUAUUGUGGAUGAGAAUCUUUCGAUUGGAUUUAAUCUCGUGUGCGAGAUAAUUCCUCAUAACGCAGAUGAUAACCUUGAAAUUAAUUUGCAUUAUUGCUCAUCUACAGUUUCUAACUUAGAAGCUGCAGAAAUACUCAUAUCCUUCGAACAAAAACUAAACGAAGCUUUGGAUAAUCCACAAAGACCAUUAGUUUCAUUAGCGGUGAAGGAGAAAUUUUCUAAAAAACUCGAUCAAUUGGAGGAAACAUUAACUCAACCUGAAAUUGUAAAGAUAUCACCAGAAUUUUGCUCUGAUGUCGAAAAAUGUCUUUGGAAAAUGAUAAGCAACUUUACUGAUAUUCCUGUCAGUAGAAUAACUUGUGAUACAAGUAUAUUUAAACUUGGAUUGGAUAGUAUUAGUGCUAUCCAAGUUGCUUCUCGUCUGCGAAAACAAGGUUUUGACUUAAUGGCUAGCGAUAUAAUAGAAAAUCCUACGAUUUCACGACUUGCUAGCUUUCUUGAAAAUAAAAAGGAGCCAAUUCCUGUUAAUACGAUUCCAACUUUUGAGGACUUUAAAUUAUUCUACAGGGAUAUUAUCUGCUCUAAAUAUGACAUUUCUUCAGGAGAUAUUGAGGCAAUAAGGCCUUGUACCAAGGCACAGCAAGGAAUGAUUGCACGAACUCUUCAUUCCGGUGGAAAAGAAUAUAUGAAUGCCUUUUUCCUUGAGAUUCUACCAGAAAUCUCAUUAACGGAACUGAAGAAAGCUUUCAAGACUGCUUGUCAAAUACAUGAAAUUUUUCGCUCAGGUUUAGCAUCAAUCAAUGACAAAAACUUUCCUUUUGUGAUGGUAACGCGAAAAGAAGUGAAUCUACCAUGGCUCGAAUCUGGGUUACGAGACUUUGGUAGUUUAGAAAUUGAUGAAAGACUUUUUAAUGAACCAUGGAGUAUUCAAGUCAAAAACCAGGACAACAAAAUUACUCUAGAACUUACAGCUCAUCACGCUUUAUUUGAUGCACAAUCUAUCCAGAUGUUCUUUUUAGAUGUUUCAAAGCUAUAUAGAUCUGUCGAAAUAGAGAGUCGACCGUCGAUUAACUCGCUUUUAGGUGCUAUAAUCUCCCAAAACCAGAGUGACCUUGAACAAAAAAACCAGUUUUGGGGAAGAAGCGAGAACAAGAUUAUUGUAAACCCUUUUCCGAGCCUAACACCUGUUCAAAGUUCCGACAAAAAUGUCUAUUCUGAGCAGCGAAUAUCAAAACUUUCGGUGUUAGAGCUAGAGCAAAAAUGUAGGAUGAAUAGUGUGACAAUUCAAGCCACAACUCAAGCAUCAUGGGCUAGAUUAUUAGCUUUUUAUGUUGGUGAAUCAUCAACAACUUUUGGUAUAAGUCUUUCGGGCCGCUCUAUCUGUGAAAAUGCAGACUCAAUUUCUUUUCCUAGCGCUGUCACACUUCCAACCCGUUGUAAUGUGAUAGGCACAAAUAAAGAACUUCUAGCUCGCACUAUGCAUUUUAAUUCUGAGGUACAUCGACAUCAAUUUACUCCACUUACUCUGAUACAAAAAUGGACAGGUAGUCUCAACAGCAGAAUGUUUGAUACUUUAUUUCUAUAUCAUAAUAUGAAGUCUCUCAGCGGAAAGAGUGAAUUACCUUGGAAAGUCCGACGUGAAACCUCAUUUGUUGACUGCGCUGUUUCAUUAGAGGUCAUAUCUCAUGCAGAUAAUAGAUUUUCACUCCACUUAUCAUUUGGAGUGGAUUUAAUCCCAGUUGAACAGGCUAGAAUUAUCCUGGAGCAGUAUGAAGUUCUUCUUCUUGAUACAUUGUCAAAUCCCGAUAACAUCUGCGCAUCUGCUCCUCAACUCCCAAUUAACAUCUUAUCACUCACCGCCCCAAAGAACCCAUUCAUAUCCUGUCCAGUCACACUGCUACAUCAAUUUGUAGAAAGAGGAGCACGACUGUAUCCCGAGAAAGUAGCCCUAGAGUUUGCGACUAAUCUCGACUCAAACAGUAUUUUUAGCAAAUGUUGGAAAUAUGAAGAGCUAAAUGAAUGUUCAAAUCAAGUCGCGAAUUAUUUGCUCGAUCACCAUAUCGGUCCCGGAAAUAUAGUUGCAACCUGCUUUGACAAAUGUGCUGAGGCUUCUUUCGCCUUUAUUGGUAUUCUGAAAGCUGGAUGUGUGUAUUUGGCACUAGAUCCAACUGCCCCAGUUGAUCGGUUGAAAUUUAUAGUAAAGGACUCCAAUGCUAAAAUAUUGCUCACCAGUGGGAAUUACAAGAAAAAACUUGCUGAACUAGUCAAUAUUGAUAUUGUUAAUUUUGAUUGUAGCCUGGCUCUGAGUUACUCCAAAAAAUCGCCCAAGCUAGUUAGGACUAUCGUGCCAGAAGACAUAUCUUAUUGCCUCUAUACAAGUGGGACAACAGGGACCCCUAAAGGCUGCUUAAUUACCCAUGAAAAUGCAGUUCAGUUCAUGCUUGCUUUCUCAAAGAUAUUUGAAGGCCACUGGAAUGAUGAUUCAAAAUAUCUUCAGUUCGCGUCUUUUCAUUUUGACGUGAGUGUCAUGGAACAAUUUUGGAGCUGGAGCGAAGGACUCUGUGUAGUAUCAGCUCCACGUGAUUUAAUAUUGGAAGAUAUAUCUGGUGCUAUUCAAAAACUUGGGAUCACUCAUAUUGAUCUUACACCCAGCCUCGCCCAACUUUUACACCCGGAUGAUGUGCCAUCUUUGUGCAGAGGAGCUUUUGUCGUUGGCGGAGAGAAACUAAAGCAAGAAAUUCUGGACUUAUGGGGUAAACAUGCGUGUAUCUACAAUGGUUACGGGCCAACAGAGGCAACUAUUGGAUGUACCAUGUACCCUCGAGUUCCAGAAAAUGGUAAUAUCUCAAAUAUUGGUCCUGCAUAUGUCAACGUCGGCUCAUUUGUCCUAGCCCCAGGAACAGAAACUUUAGUGCUGAGGGGCGGUAUAGGGGAGCUUUGUAUUUCUGGAAAGCUUGUCGGAAAGGGUUAUCUUAACCUUCCAGAUCUGACGGCUGAAAAAUUUCCUACUCUAAAAGUCUUUAAUGAGAGAGUCUAUCGCACUGGUGAUCUAGUGAGAAUUCUGCACGAUGGAAGCUUUAAUUUUAUCGGACGUGUAGAUGAUCAAGUCAAACUUCGAGGCCAACGCCUGGAACUUAAUGAAAUUAACGAGGUAAUAAAGCAGAUAAAGAGUAUUCAUGAGGUAGUUACUUCACUUGUCAGGAAUAUAAAUCAAGAUAAAGAUCAACUUGUCGCUUUUUUUCGAACCGAAUCUACUGAUUUAUCGAACCUUAUCCCAACUAUCCGGGAAAGAUGUAGAUUUAAACUUCCAGAAUACAUGGUUCCAAGUCAUUUCAUUCCAAUUAAAAAGAUACCACUCAACUCAAAUAAUAAGGCUGAUUUCAAGCAACUUUGUAAUAUUUUUAACGAGCUUACUUUUGAUGACCUCCAAUUAUUACAUUCUUCGGGAGAAAGGAUCGAAGCAUGGUCUCACAUUGAAAAUGAGGUCGUCUCAAAGAUAAGUUCAGCAAUUGGUUUAAGUAUUUGUACAUUAACUAGAAGUACAAAUAUCUUUGAGGCUGGCUUAGAUUCGAUAUCCAUCAUACAGUUUUGUCAAGCUCUUCAAAACUCUGGACUCAAGAAUGCCAAACUCUCCAUCGUCAAAAAUAACCCAUCUCUGCAUGAUUUAGUCAGAGUUUUGCUCCAGAAAACCCAUUCCGACGAAAAUGAAAGGAAUAAGUUUAUAGCCUCAUCACAAAGACUUAAAGCAUUUUCUCACAAACAUAUGGUUAAUAUAUGUAAUGAGCUAGAAAUAGAUAACUAUUUAAUAGAAGCUGUCACAUAUUGCACACCUUUACAAGAAGGCAUGAUAUAUAGGUUUUUGGAAAGCGAGCAUGCAAUCUACUUCAACAAAUUUCAGUUUCAGCUUAACGAAGGAAUAGAAGAACACAAACUUCUGAUUGCCUUGAAUCGUGUUAUAUCUCAUCUAGAAAUACUUCGAGUUCGGUUCGUCGCAACCGAAGAUGGAUUUGCUCAAGUUGUCUUGAAAGAUAAAAUACUAACCUGGGAGCCAAUUCAAAAAUACGAGGCCUUGGAUAAAAUAAGUGCUUUAAAAUCCCCAUAUAGUAUGAACUAUGACGCAGGUACCUUGAGUCUCUGCAUGUUUCAUGGGCUGUAUGAUGGAUAUAGUUUCAGAAUGCUCUUUCACCAUAUCAUUGACGAAUACUUUGGUGUCCAAAAUAUUAACUAUGGCCCAUCUUUUAUUGAAUCCCUUCCUUACGGACCAUUAGCAACAGUUGUAGGGGCUGAAGAAUUCUGGAAAUCACAUCUAGUAGAUUGGUCCCCCUUCUUAUUCACGGAGAACCUGAGCUCUAAUGAUGAUAUUGUUACUAUAUCUCGUGUCACUUAUCUAUCUGGCUUUGAAAAUCUUCGUCGAAAGCUUCGCGUUACCGCACAAGCCAUUAUACAAGCAUGCUGGAUUACGGUGCUUCAAAAGAGAUUCUCGAGAAAUCUCACCGUGGGAGUUUUAACAUCCGGUCGCUCCAUUGAUUUUGAGGGCGCAGACACAAUUGUUGGACCACUUUUUAAUGUUAUUCCAUACAAUUCUAGGCUUAAAUCAGGUAUUCCGAUGACUGAAAUUAUCUCACGCUGCCAUAAGUUCAACAUAAGCCUGCAAGACUUUCAGCAUACCCCACUUAAAGAAAUUCAGAAAUGGGCCCCCUUGAGGAAUAUCAAGUCACUGUUUGAGAUAAUCUUCAACUUUCAGCGGGCCGAUCACAUGCAAGACAAGGUUGAUGAUUUCUGCACAGAAGUUGAAGUUGCUCAGAUAUCUGAUUUCCCCCUUGCCCUAGAGGCAACAUUAGGCCUUGAUGAUAGCAGUCUAUCCCUAAGUUUCUCUGCUCAGGGUUCCAUGAUAGCCAAGGAUACUUUAGAUGAUCUAGCGAAUCAGACGGAGCAGCUUGUUGCUUCAACUCUCAGUGAAGAAGGGACAAAUUGUGUAUUUCACGACGAUUCAAAAGAAGAUAUGUUGAAUACUAUGACUGUAAAAAGUCUCGCCCAAAAAUCUGAGAAACUACCCGACAAAAUUGGAGAAUUCACUUGGACUAAAGUAACUCUCGCUCUCAAGAGAGAAAUAGCUCUACUGGCAAAAGUAUCACAAGAUGUGGUUGACCAAAACUCAGGAAUCUUUGAGUUAGGUCUAGAUAGCAUUGAUACUAUAAAAUUAUCUUCGCGGAUGAAGAUUCAAGGCGUCAAGAUUUCUAUACGCGCUAUUAUAAAACUACAAACUAUUUCCCGAAUGGCCUCUUACCUCAACAGCAAAACAAAUUCUUUGACGUCUAGUGCAGAUGGAUACCUGAGAGAUGAUUAUCGGGAGUUGAAGUCAUGCUUGGAGAGUAUGAAAAAGCCUUCCGGAGACUUUGAAGAAAUACUACCAGCUACUCCUUUUCAAGAAGGUAUAAUUAAGGAAAUGAUGAGCUCGGGCUUUCAGAGAUAUUUUAAUAUGAACGGAUAUAAAAUUGGCAGUCUAGUGGACUCAGAGAGGUUGAUGGGGGCAAUCAGAAAGGUUAUUGAGAUAUCUCCUAUCCUCCGAACAACCUUCCUCGAAAUUGAUGACCCAGGCGUACCUAUCCGCUUCGCGCUAGCUAUUCAAAAGAUGCAUGGACAUGAAAUUGAAUCUGAGAUCCUUCCUCCAAGUGAUACAGGAUCAAUUGACGACUACUUAAACCGCUUCAAAGAGGAAACUAUAAUUAGAGCGAUUCAAAAUUUCAAGCUGUUCCAUGUGCGUCUUGUGAUAUUAGGCCCUGAGAGAUUUCUAGCGAUUGCAAUAUCUCAUGCUCUGUAUGACGGAACGUCACUAAAUAUACUACACGAAGAUAUAAAGAGGGCCUAUGAUGGGCUACCUAUUGAUAGGCCAGAUUUCAGACCGUAUUUAGAGCAGAGUUUUCUAUCAAGAACAAAAGAUGCUGAGAAAUUUUGGAGAACCAUGCUUUCUAACCUACCGAUCUCAGUACUGUCGAAGAAAAAUAACUCAGCGUUCGCCGACUCCGAUGCUAAAUUUAUGAGCCAGAGGCCGUCUCGUAUACCUCUGUCAAAAAUAGAAGCCGCGUGUAGAUCAUCAAGAAUUACCCUACAAACACUCGGACAAACAUGCUGGGCAUUGGUUAUUUCGCACUUAACGCAAAAAUUAGACGUAGUUUUUGGCUCUAUCCUUUCAUGUCGCGACUCCGAAGAAGCUACGAGAGUUAUGUUCCCUUUGAUGAAUACAGUCGCUGUACGGUCAGUGAUUCACGGAAGCUUGAAUGAUAUGUUGACAUAUAUGCAAGAAAUGAACAACAAGAUCCGAAAGUAUCAGCAUUUCCCUCUGGGAAGGGCACAGAAUUAUGCUUUAGGUUCGCGAGGUGGUAAAUCUCGAGAAAAUCAAGCUUUUUUUGAGACCAUUUUUAUCUAUCAAGGACGGAUCGAUGCUGUUGAUCAAAAUCCACUAUAUGAGUCGAUUUAUCAAGUAUCCAAUGUCGAAUUCCUCAUCUGCGCCGAAAUGCGUAUUGAAAGUGAUAACAAUAUAUGGUGGGCAAUAACUUGUAAAGAAGCUGCUCACAAUCAAGCUGAGACUGAAAUGCUAUUAGAAGCACUUGAUGAAACUCUAGAGCGACUGAUAUCAUCAAGAAAUCUUCAAUCAACUGUAAUUGAUGGAGAUUCUGUAUCUGUAUGCGGUCUGCCGAGCUUCAAGCUCAAAAACGUACAACCAAUGAGCCAUCAUGAAGAAAACUCUGCUCUUUUAGGGGAUGAGAGCUGGUCUAGCACUGAAAUGAGUAUCCGAACCGCGCUCUCUAUUAUCGCACGCGUACCCGAGAAAAACAUUCGCAAACACAUGACUAUAUUCCAUCUUGGUCUGGAUUCUAUUCUAGUACUGAAACUCCCAGCUUUAUUGAAAACUUUUGGUAUCCAACUAAAGAUUUCAAGCAUCAUGAGAGAUCAAACAAUAGCCGCAAUGGCUAUUUCUGCAAAGAGUCUAAACUUAGCCACGCAUAAAUUUCAAGAUGAAGAUAGUAUUUUGGCUGCCAUAAAGUUUUCGGACGAGUUUCCCAUAGCACGAGCUAAUCUUGAGGAAGAAAUUGGUAAUAUUCAGUACAUUAUUCCCGCGACCGCUGGGCAGUGUUAUAUUAUAAGGCAAUGGCAAGUGUCGGGAGGUGCCUUAUUUGACAAAAUAUUGUCGUUCGCUGUUCCUCAACCACUCAUCCAAGAAUCUCUUGCCUCUUCCUGGCGUAAGCUUCUCGCAAGACAUGAUAUCCUUCGAACGGGGCUCGUGGAAGACGAUGGUAAAAUUUUCCAGGUAAUUUUUCGGAACCCGUCAAACCCGAUAGUUUACACGAGUGAGGAAGUGAAUAGAAAUCUCACAUGUUCUCGGGAUCUUCGAUUUCCACCGCUGGAUUUGUGUGUAGAAAUGCCGCCGGGUAAGGAAGUAAAGCUACACCUCAGAAUACACCAUGUCAUUUAUGAUGGGGUGAGUUUACCACUUCUACUCGAGGAGCUGAAACGGCUUUACCACGGUGAAGAACUUGUCGCAAUGUCGUGCUUAGGAUUCAAAUCGUUUGUGAUACAGUCUUUUGCAGCUUCACAGUCACUUGACCUACGAGAAAAGUGGCAAUCAUAUCUUCCAGGUAAGACAUUUGAUCUGGAGCCGGCCACAAGUGGCGAAGAAAAUUGUCGCACCGAAGUCUACAUCCCUAGCACCGAGAUACAGGAUAUGAAGCUACGAGCCCAAGAAAUCGGAUCGAGCGUGGAUGCACUAUUUCUUGCAGCCCUUGCCAAACUCCAAGCGCAGAGAAUUCAGCGUACAUCUCCAACUGAGCCAGUAAGAGCAGUAAUUUUGGGACUCUAUUUGGCAAAUCGCGCACCAUUUGGAGAAGAUCUCUCGCAACUUGCAGCACCAACACUCAAUGUACUACCACUCUGUAUCCACGGACCUCUUGAAAAGAGCCUGGAAUUACUCGCCCUCGAGAUUCAAGUAGAUAUUCAACGGAUCAGUAGUUCUGAUAUGGUCUUUGCAUCACUCUCUCAAAUCUAUGAGUGGACCAGGGUCCGUGUGGAUAUAUUUAUCAAUAUCCUCAAGCCUUCAAUAGGCCUCAUAUUUGAGUCGGGAGGACUGCUCGCUUCGCCGCUUCCAUCUGUAAAAUUUGGGAGAGAUAGGCCUCAGGGCUCAAAUAGUCUUGUCCAGAUUUACGAGCGAUCUUUGAUGCCCAGAUCAUUGCCCAAAAAAGAAACCGAAGCUUACUUGCCCCCCAUAGAUAUUGAGCUCCGAUAUCACGAUGGUACCGUUGACAUGGGAAUCUUUGCUUGUCAAAAUUUACUCACGCCCGACGAGGCAAAGAGCUUCGCCACGCAGUUCCUCGACUUCUGGCGAUUGUGA